AUGAACUAUUCAAAAACACUGUCUAGUCUAGAUCUAUCUAGUGGCAGUCAAGCUAAACCAUCACGCCCAUUUAACAUCAAUGAAGUAAAAGAAAUGCUUGAACAAAGAAUUCAACAAGUCAUUGAUCGACAAUAUGAAUAUGAUUGUGACAAGUGUACUCAAUUAUCAAAAGAUAUUUCACAGAUAAUAAAAGAUGCGAUGAAAUCAUUAAAUUAUGAUCGAUACAAAUAUGUUAUACAAGUUGUAAUUGGUAAUUGUCAAGAUGAAAACGUAAUGAUGACAUGUCGUUGUUUAUGGGAUGUUGAAACAGAUAAUUAUGCAGCAUACGUUUAUUCAAAUACGAAGAUCUUCUGUGCUGUUACUGUAUUUGGACUUUAUUAUUUUUAA